AUGGUUCUUUACAUUUUAAAAGCAACUCCGUCUGUAGAAAUGGUCUAUCAUCCGGUUGAUUUCGAUAUUGAUGACUUCCUCUCUAGAAUUCAGGGUAACAAACCUCCUUUCGUAUGUCCAUCCGAAACAUGUCAGAAAGUUUGCAAGUCAUACAGUUAUAUGCAGAAACAUAUGCUGAUCCAUCGCCCUCCUGCUCCAAUAGACAUUCCUGGACCGCUAGAAUAUGGUGAUGGUUAUGGAGAUUUCAAAUGUACACCCGCAUUGAACGGUACCUCGGACCAGGUUGAAAAAAUAUCCCUGAUGUUCGGUGGUUCUCUUGAAAAUUCUGGUCACCAAAAAGCCAGGACACCCAUGGUUUUUACUGACGCUCAUACCUCAGUGGUUUUCGAUGCUUCUUCCACUACCAGAGGCCGCACAUUUCGUUGUAAUAUAUAUGUUCCCUUAACUAUUCGCCUGCAGAAUAUGUCAGACUCGAGAGGGGAACAAGAUUCCACCCUAGAAGGCACUUCUGUUAGUAAAAAGUAUCCAUCACAUCGUUCUAAAAUGUCGAGCCUUAAAAACAAAGGUCGCAUUAAGAACAACAGAGCUGUUUCAGUCAUAGGAAAGUUUUCAGAAAAUUGUAGAACUGAGCCAUCAGAUAAAAGUAUUGUUCUUACAAAUGGUGCCACAACAAACGAUAUAGAAACACCGAAGGCAGUCUAUUCAAUCGAUCCAGAGUUCUCUGUUCGUAAACCCAUCAGCUUGAGAGAAAAUUCGGGUUAUAUUCGUUUCAUUGAAAAAACAGCUGAUGAACUGGACGAAGUCGUUGAGUAUGAUUUAGAUGAAGAGGAUCUUUUUUGGCUUGAAAGAAUCAAUGCAAAGCGUAAAAGUGCAUCCCUAUCACCUGUUACUGAGUCCACUUUAGAAUGGAUUAUGGAUAGAUUUGAGAAGAAGGCCAGAUUCAGAUUGUUUUCAUCUAAUGAUGGUUGUGAGACAACUGAUAUAUUACCUGAUAUCGGUGGUAAUCAAUCAGGUAUUGAUGAAGAUGCUGUAUGCUCUGUAUGUCAAGAUGGAACUUGUGAAAAUACAAAUGUGAUAUUAUUUUGUGAUGUUUGCAAUUUGGCUGUUCAUCAGGAGUGUUAUGGAGUUCCUUAUGUUCCUGAAGGUCCUUGGCUUUGUCGUAAAUGCCUUCAUUCCCCAAGUGAACCAGUUUCAUGUGUACUUUGUCCGAAUAGAGGUGGUGCUUUCAAAAAGACUACAGAUGAUCGCUGGGCUCAUGUUAUUUGUGGACUAUGGGUACCUGAAGUAAUGUUUGCUAACCUUACAUUCCUUGAACCACUUGAAGGUAUAGACAGGAUAGCUCCUGCAAGAUGGCGUCUUCUAUGUUUCAUCUGUAAACAACGCAAUGUUGGUGCUUGUAUUCAAUGUCAUAAAACCAGUUGCUAUCGAGCAUUUCACGUUACUUGUGCACAACAUGCCGGUUUGUAUAUGAAAAUUGAACAUACAGAUGAUCCUGAAGACUCUGGUAUUCGAAAAAGUGCAUUUUGUGAUCAACAUUGUCCACCAGAUCACUUUUCUAGUUCAAAUAAAGGCAUGUAUGCUCAUUCUGACUCUGAAAGUCCUCAAUCUCCUGAACAAGCAGCUCGUAUUCAUUUGAGAAAAGCUCGUAAAAUUUUAGCAGAACGUCGAAAUUCUAAACCUUCUGUUUGUGUACCUAUUGUAUCGAAAGCGAAAAUGGAUCUCAUUCUGUCCAAACUAACUGGGGUAUCGGGUGAUAAAAUGGAGUUUUUGAAGCAAACUUAUGCAUUUUGGAAGCUUAAAAGAGAAUUUAGGCGUGGUGUACCACUUUUGAAACGACUUCAAGCAUGCUCCAUACACAGAAGCGCAGCCAGUUUUGCUGUAGCAGCUACAACUGGUGAUGCAGAAUCUCAACGAAUGAGAGCUCAUUUAAAAUUCUGGCAACAAUUACGUCAAGAUCUUGAAAAAGGACGUCUUCUGUCUGAGUUGACACGUAAACGUGAACGUAUUAAACGUGAUAUAUUUCGUUUAUUUGUUCAUGAAAUUGAAUUGAAAAUUAAACCAUUUGUAGUCUUUCAAUUACGAUUCAUAGAUCAACUUCAAGCAUUGGAUAUUAAUGAAUUUUUCUCUGAGCCUGUUCAACCAAGUUUAGCACCAGAUUAUGCCUUGAUUAUUAAAAAGCCUAUGGAUUUCUCAACAAUACGUAAAAAGAUAGAAAAUUUUGAAUAUUCUACAUUGGAGGCGUUAUUAUCCGAUUUUAAUUUAAUGCUAGACAAUUGUUUUGAAUAUAACCUAGAGAACAGUAUUUAUUAUUCAGCUGCUUUAAAAAUGCGUGAACAGAGUAAACCAAUUAUCUCUGUAGCCUUGGCAACUGCGAAGCAGAUCAAUUUCUGUCCUAAAACUGGAUUUCUUCUAGAAAAUGUGCCUGUAAAAAGUGAUGAAAUUGUAGAACAACAGGCUUCUUCUCAUCAUCAGGAUAAUAUUGAAAAUACAUCGAAAACAAAUGAGAAUUGUAUACAGUCUAUGCCUUUAACUAAUGAAGACAGCAAUUAUGAUAAUUAUGAAAAAAGACCAACAAAUUCUCCGAUAUUAUUUCAUUUAUCAUCAUCACGUCGAUCUGCUAAGGGUACGUUAACAAACGAACGAUUGCAUAGUCCAUUAAAAGAAUUAGUUAAUUGUGAUCAAACCUCUUCACUCCCGAGUAGUAUACGUAGUCGACUGAGAAGUUUUAAUUCACCACCGACAACUCCAUCACCAAUCUCAACUAUACCACCGACUACGACAUCACAUCAUGCAUCACCACUGCCUAUUACAGAAAAUGGAAAUUCACUGUGUACAUCACCUCCUAAUUCAGCAAAAAGUUUGAAUUCACCCAUUAUACCUCGUAAACGUCGUUAUUCUUCAGCUAGCAAUGAUAAAAAACUCCCACUUUCGCCCAGUUUACAUAAUGGAGAUGGUCGAAAGUCUACGAAAAUGGCACGAUUACAGUUACAUUCACCUGGGAAUACUUUUGCACAAGCUUAUGCUAAUUCAACAAAUUGUUUUGAAAAUUUAAUUAGAUCAAGUAAAACUAAUGAAUCAGUUAAUUGUAAAUGGAAUCAUUCAACAGCUGACAAUUCUAAUUGUUUAUUAACUCGUCAAGUUGGCAUAAAUAAACCUACAAAUGAAAUGAAUGGAUUAAUCAGUUCACGUGAUGGGCCAGCAUUUACACGUUAUCGAAUUGGUCGUUUAUCACGUGGUGAUGAUGAAGAUGAAGAUGAUGAUAGUGAAGAGACUGAUGAGGAUGAAAGUGAUGAUGCAUGUGUCACAUAUUCCAAUACGCCUACAUCAGCUGUUAAUUCUCAUCAGGAGUGUGAUCGUUCUCACUACAGACAACAACGUUUAAAACAGGAUAGUAGUAUAGAGACUGAAUCUGCCGUUGCAAAAUCACACGUUCCUGGCGCAACAGUCGUCACUACUGCUGUAGUUGGUUCAAGUCGAAUGGCUUUUGCGCAUAAACGUUCUACUAUCAGUCGUCUAAAAUCUGUUUAUCGGUUCAAAGCAAAGCAAGCCUCUGUAAAUAUCAGAAAAAAUAAGCCUAAAAAGCAACACAGAUCAUCACUGACAAAAACACUGAACAGUGACGAACUCAGUAAUGAUAGUGCUGCACAAACUAAUAUACCACCAUCUUCAUCACCAAUUCCUUCGCCUGAUUCUCAUAUCAUAUCAAAUUCGGACACAUUGUUCACAAAAUUUCUUCCAAAGCUUGGUAUAAAGCAAAAUAAUAUCCGACAGGACAGUAUUCAACCAGUUACUAAUUUAAAUCAUACUAAUUCACCUUUACAUAAUGAAUCUAAUACUGAAACAAAUUGCUCCACAGACGCAUUAUCCAUUUAUUCGAAUAAUAAUUCCAAAAUGAUACGAAGUCCUUUGUCACGUGUCUCAUCACGUGGUAGUAUUGGAGAUGAUACAUUUUCUGAACAUCGAUUCAGUCCUUUAGAUAUCGUUUGGGCGAAAUGCUUGGGAUCACCAUGGUAUCCUGCUAUAAUUGUAGAUCCAGAUGCUACUGAAGGCUAUUCGCAUAAUGGUGUUCCUGUCCCACUACCUCCAGAAUCAGUCCUUAAAUGGGGUGAACGUCUUGCGUCUAAUAAAGCUACUAAUGAUUGUGAACUUUUAUUAGUCCUUUUCUUUGAUACGAAGCGUACAUGGCAAUGGCUCAGUCCCCAAAAACUUCAACCUCUUGGUAUACAUAAAGAACUUGACUUUGAACGUUUACGAGAAGGAAGGCGAAGUAAAAUGAAGCAUUCGGUGACAAAGGCUUAUCGUCGUGCUGUGGAACAUAUAUGCAAAGUUCAUGGAAGACCAUAUCCCUAUACAGAUGGAAAGUCAACAGAUAUCGCUGUUUUCACCCUGUAA